AUGGGUGCCAUUGGGAUGAACUGCAAACGAUGUGACAACGAGGAAGAUCCUUUCAGUGCCUUGGCGGUGCGAUCAAAGCUGCCCACGGAGGAGAAGACGUUGCUGGAACGCCUGGAGGGUCGCUGGGUGCGUAAGGAUGGUCAGGAGAUGGGCGAAGUCAUCGGCGCUCAAGGGAUGCUACGAUGGAGCAAGGAUCCUGCGGAUCCCUUGGAAGAGGAAGAGUUCUAUCAGGACCACCGGGAUGAGCUCCUAGAAAUGCUUCGCGGGAACCAGGCCAAGCUCCAACCAAGAAGUGAGGGUGGAGUGGGGCUCCUAAACCAAGGAGCCACAUGCUACAUGAACUCCCUGUUGCAGUCCCUGUUCAACAUCCCUGAGUUCCGCUUGGCCGUUUACCAGUUUGAAUAUCUUCCUGAACUGCAUGGAGACCCAAGCCGGUGUAUCCCCUUGCAAUUGCAGCGCUUGUUUGCCGAGCUCCAGCUCUCACGGUCUUCGGCCAUCAGUACCAAGGAGUUGACAACAGCCUGCGGCUUUACGGGUCGAGAUGCCAUGGAACAACAUGACGUGCAAGAGCUGUGCCGAGUGCUGUUCGAUGCGCUGGAAAGGUCGUCUUCCAUGUUGGCCGAAGUAAUUCGAGACCUGUACAGUGGCAAAGUGAUGCAUUACACCCGCUGCGCCGAGGAGCGUCAGGGUCGGGUUUACGAAAGCCGGAGGCCUGCGAGCUACAUGGACCUCCAAGUCCCAAUCCAGGACUGCAAGAGCUUGGAGGAAGCCUUACGACAGUUGGUGAAGCCUACGCUGCUGUCGGGGGACAACCAGUGGUUAUGCGAGGAGUUGGGUGAAAAAGUGGACGCAUUCAUCGGGACCACCAUCGAUACUCUACCCAAAAUCCUUUGCUUGCAACUCCUGCGCUUCAUUUUUGAUGUGCAGCUCAUGCGGCGCAAGAAGCUGUCGGACUCCUUGGCCAUCCCAUUGGAGCUGGAUGUUAACUGCUUGGGACAUGAGGGGAGCUACGAACUGUCAGCAGUUUGCUUGCACAGUGGGACUGCUCAUGGUGGACAUUACCACGCCUUCAUUCGCGAUUUGCACAGUGGUGUUUGGAAGGAUGCCAAUGACUCCAGAGUGCACAUUCUAGGGCAACGCCAAUGCGAAGCUCUGUUUGCUGCUGAAGCCAGUGGUCCAGUGCUUUACUCUUCUGAUGCUUAUUUUUUGCUGUACCGCAAGACUGGCAUGCCCACACCGGAUUUGCAGGUGAUGGUGCCCCCGCGUUUGAGUCGCCCCAUCCUGGCAGAGAAUCAGCGCCUGACGCUGCUGCAGCGGGCCUUCGAGCUGCAUCGACGCCUAGUGGAGGUGAAAAUCCACCUGCCUUCCUCGGCUCCGCUUCUGCAGCGGCGCUAUUUCUCGCAGCAGCUCGCAGGCCUCGUGGAAGAGGAGGAGGAGGAGGAGGUUCCAGCCGUGUUCUUCAGUAGCCUGGACAGCCGGCCUGAAAAGAUACUGGAAAGGGCACUGAAAAGCUUUGCGGAGCUGGAUCGGAAGCAUUUGGAUCUGCAAGCUCUCAGUUCUGCUAGGCUUUGGCAUUUCGAUCCCCUGCGUGGCGUGGCCAAGAGCCUUUUCGCUGGGGCCAGCAGCGGUGGCUACGGCGGCCGCGUGGAGCUUGUUUUGCAGACGCAAGGCCCUGAGCCAUGUGCCGAGCCACACACGGGGGAGUUGCUGCUCCUGGUGCUGUGGCCCUCUGGGCAGCGGUUGUCGCUGCAGCACACCACUACGGUACCAUGGUGUAAGGUGGUGAAGCAGGAAGACGAAAACUGCAAGGCUGCAGCUUCCGGCCUUACGCCACCAGAGACUUUGCAGCCUGAAGCUGCUGCCGAUUCCAGUGACGACGAGCUGCCGGACAUCUUCGAUUCUGCAAUGCCAGUGAGACCUUCUGGGCCGAAGCCUUCGACCUUGGCAGACGUGCGCAGUGCUGCAGCAAAGCUAUGGAACCUCCCACUUGAAGCCACUGUGCUGGUGGCACUGACGGGUAUGCAGGCGGGCCAAGAAAUUGAAGGUGAUGAAGUCACAUUGCAAGAGUGUGGCUUGUCUCCUGACGACAUUCUUUGCGUCGAGCAGCGUUUGGAUGGAGGAUGGGGCCUUCCGCAACGAUGA